ACGGCGGGCCUGGCCGGGCAAUGAUGGCGGCUGACGGGGACUGGCAGGAUUUCUAUGAGUUUCAGGAUUCGGCUCGGGGCCGCCUGGACCAGCAGAACCGUAACGCCGGGGCCAGGGCGCUUGACGACGAGGGAGGCGUCGGCUUCUCGGCGCUGGCGUGCGGCCUGGAGGAGAAGCUGAGCCUGUGUUUCCGCCCCUCCAGUCCGGAUGCCGAGUCUCCGAGGGCGGUGGUGAGGCCAAUCACGGAGAGGAGCCUCCUGCAGGAGGAUGAGAUUUGGAAUGCAUUAACAGAUAAUUAUGGUAAUGUGAUGCCAGUAGAUUGGAAAUCUUCUCAUACCAGAACUUUGCAUUUGCUCACCUUGAACCUCUCUGAAAAGGGGAUAAAUGACAAUUUGAUUCUUGAUGCCUCAGAUGAUGAAGAGUUGAGGGAACAACUGGAUAUGCAUUCGAUUAUAGUCUCCUGCAUCAGUGAUGAACCACUUUUCACAGCAGAUCAGGUUAUUGAAGAAAUAGAAGAAAUGAUGCAAGAAUCACCUGAUCCAGAAGAUGAUGAAACCCCAACACAGUCAGAUCGUCUCUCCAUGCUUUCCCAGGAAAUUCAAACCCUUAAGAGAUCUAGUACAAGCAGUUAUGAGGAGAGGGUAAAAAGGCUCUCAGUGAGUGAAUUAAAUGAACUACUAGAAGAAAUUGAGACUGCCAUCAAAGAUUACUCUGAAGAGUUGGUUCAACAGUUGGCUCUUCGAGAUGAGCUAGAGUUUGAAAAGGAAGUGAAAAACAGCUUUAUUUCUGUCCUUAUUGAAGUUCAAAACAAACAGAAGGAACAUAAAGAAACAGCAAAAAAGAAAAAGAAGCUGAAAAAUAGCAGCCCACAGAAUGGCAAGAAUGAGAAAAGUCAUAUGCCUGGAACACGCUUCAGCAUGGAAGGGAUCUCAAAUGUCAUUCAGAAUGGCUUCCGCCACACCUUUGGGAAUUCGGGUGGAGAGAAACAGUACUUGACAACUGUCAUUCCUUAUGAGAAAAAAAAUGGACCACCUUCUGUUGAAGAUCUUCAAAUAUUAACAAAAAUCCUUCAUGCAAUGAAGGAGGACAGUGACAAAGUUCCAAGUUUGUUAACAGACUACAUUCUGAAAGUUCUGUGCCCAACAUAGAGGAGCAGCAGUUCACCUUCCCUGGAUAACAAGCUAAAUCACUGUUCACAUGACCUGAAAGCUUGUCUGUAUUUACCUUCCAGCGAUGGAAACUGCAGCACUCAAGCACAUGAUGAUAAGCUUCAGUAUUAAUAGGCAGUGGCUCCACUCAUACCUUGUUUUGAAUCAAGAGAAAUUUUGAAUCAUGAGCAUUAUUUUUGGUUUUGCUAAUCUAUUAACAAUUAUAAAUUAUCCCCUUGCCUUGAGGAAGGCAGAAUAACAUUAAUUGUGCAGUUCCCUUUUAAUUGACUUACAUUAAGACUGAAUUUUUAUUGGUUUCUGGACCUAAACUGCACUGAAAAGUCAAGCCUUAAGUGUUGAGAAAUAUAAUCUGUGUUCUACAGUGGUAGUGGGAACACUGAUUUUUUUUAAAAAGAAAAUUAGAAUAUUAACUACCAGUAUUGUAUAGAGAUUGAAUCUUAGAGCUUGCAGUGCUUUUAAGGAACUAAAAGCAGGCUAGGCUUUCCUUUUUGUUACCACUUGAUGAAUGAGAACAAUCAUCAUGCUAUUGGAGAUAAUUGUAUAGUUUGCUAUUUGUUUUUAACUAGUGUUUUAUUUUUAAUAUUUAAUAGCCAUUCACUUCCAGUAUUGCUUAAUUACAUUUAAAUGUUCUGUUCCAUGCAAUUCUAUUUGAAUUGUUUGGAAAUGCACUUGAAGAGGAGUUCUCACCCUUUGUGGUGCUGGAGAAAUGAUAUACUAUAGUAUUGUACUUGUCUCUUCCAGUGUGGUAUGAUGGUAUUUAUAGUCAUAUUUUCUUAAAACAUUAAUUCUACUCAUGGAUUUAUCACUAAUCUAGAAAACACAUUUGCCAGUCCGAUCAAGCCAAUGUCAUGUAAUAAAUGUUUAAAAAAAUCAACCAUCGUAAAA